CUUGAGAUUGUAGUGUCGGGUAUUCCAGCACAGGCUGCUGGACACACUGCGUAAUACAGCGAAUUUCUCGCCUAAUUAUUCUGACUUGGCUCUACUUGUUAUCGCGCUUGUUUUCUCAUAUCCGCUUCCGAAGCUGUGUCUAUCUUCGAAGGCCUUUCACAAUGUCAACCCAAUCACCUACUCCUCCAACGCCAAAGGGUCCUCGAAACAAUCGUCGGAAUUCGAAAAGAAAUACCACCCCCCUGUCUCAGAAGGUCACCUUACUGGCAACCCCGCCCUCGUCGCCACCACGGAAUCAGAGUCCUGGCGGAACUGCCACGGACUCUUCUUUCAACUAUAACCCUAGUGCGUCUAAGAAGAAGCCUGCGCGGACCAACAGAAAACCUCGCGAUGCAUCAAGGGCCUCUCCUAUUUCUAGCAACGGGCAUCGGCAUACCUCAUCGCACUCACACAAUCUUUCCACCCCACAAGCAAAGGACAGCUCGCAUUAUGCAGGUCCUACUUUUCAUGCAUCGCCAGCGCCGUCCGCUCUUCCAAUACCAAGCUUUUUUUCCAAGUCGUUGCCUGAGUCGGACAUCUCUUCGGGGCUAGAAGCCGACAACGACAAUCUCGAUACCAGUCCAGAAUCAGAAAGUACGCCCUCCAAAUCUAGAGUGCGUCCGGUCUAUGAGGACGAAGGACGCAAACCCACCCCACUCGAUUUUCUCUUCAAAGCUGCAGUUGAAGCUCGAAAUACUCAGCAGCCGCAUAGCCCGGAGUCGAUCAUGAGAAUAUCAUCCCCACAAACCGCUUCGAAAGCUCUUUGCAACCGCAGUACCAUCGGCGCUGGCGCUAGCGAUGGACUCUUCACGGCCGAUGUGGAUGGUCCCGAAAGCAGUCAAUCGCUCAUCGGGGCCUCAUUCGCUGCAUCCUACAAGGAUCGCAUGAAUGCUCUGCGGUCAGCCAGUUCACCCUCUCCGUCAACAGACCACCUGGACGAAAAUGAACGACAGGUUAAGACAGAGGCUUUGAAGAGCCUGCUGCUCAACCCUCGUCCUCAGAGACCGUCCUCAGCCUCGGUUACGGCCCAGAAACAACAUGGAAGCUUCAGUGGGCAUUCCUCUGCCAACCAUAAUGUGCCUCACUUUGCGACUCCCCUAAGAGCAACUUCUGGGCCACCUGCUUCUUACUCGCAUGGUAUGUCUACCGAGCACCAACAACCCGUUCCUGGCAUCGGUUCGUAUUCGCCAUUACCAUACACGCAACACCACGCUUUUCACCAAUCCCAGCCCCCAUACUCGCCUCUUCGAAAGGAGGUUCUCUCGACGAAAGUUGGGAAUAGACCGACUGUUCCUGGAGAAGCGCACUACCCUCCUCCACAUACCUACGGGCAGCCAAGGUCUCCGCCUAAAUACGUACAGUACCCAAUGUACUAUCCCCCACCUCAGCACUCUCCCGUGUCACGUGCCAUCUCGGUUAGUCCGGCUGCGCAAUCUGUCGAUACUAAGAAGAUGGAGGAUGAUUUGCGACGUAUAUUGAAACUCGAUGCGCCCUCCGGUGUUUCAGCUGGUGGCAUUCAAAGCUCAUUCGCCUGACUGCAUCUACAGUCACAGAAUGCUAGCCUUUACUCUUGUGCUGAUAUUUGUUCCCGAUCAAUUCUUAUCUUGAUGCUUCGGGUCUUGAGUACCAUCUGUUCAAUGAUUGAUUUGAGCUCAACUCCAGCUUCUGAGCGCAUCUAGGGCGAUACUAAUAGCCGUGUUCGCAUCAUUGCAUGUCUUUCCUUCAGACUAUGAUAUGUCUUUAACCUUCCCGAUUUUCUAUCUGGCUCAGUAGCUAUUCUUCCCUGCUUGCCUUGUUUCUCGUUCCUUAAGGGUUUUCGUUUUGG